UCAAUAUAAUAGGCUAAUAGUUGAUUUAAUGGUUGAUCUAGCAGCUGAUAUAAUGGUUGAUAUAAUAGAUUUAUGUGAUAUAAUAGUUGUUAUAACGAUUAAUAAAACAAAUAAGUUUGAAAAAUAA